ACAGUGAAAAGCAAACAUUAAAAAAUGAAACAAUCUAGCGGUAAAUUAGUGCUGUCAUUUGUGGCGCUGCUGGCUGUUAGUCAAGCCACACCACUGAGCGAGGAUAAUGAGUUCUCCUUCGGCUGGCCGGGCAGUUUAAGCGACAACACCGAUUACUAUGUGAGCAGCCAUGAGGUUUCCUGGUUUGAAGCCAACUAUUACUGCUACUCAAAAGGCUGGGAAUUGGUGGCGCCUGAAAAUUUCAACUUAUUAACACUCUUCAAGGGCUUUCGUGAAUUGUAUGAUGUGAAAAACACCGCUUACUGGUCCGCGGGCAACCGACUUUCUGGCAGCAACUGGAUGUGGGGAAUAGAUGGCGAAAAGUUCACCACUUCCAAUUGGGAUACUAACGAACCCAAUGGCGAUGACAGCGACAAGUGCUUGUUGAUUGGAAAAACUGUGCAAUCUUUGUGGUCCGAUGAGGAUUGUGCCGCAAAAUACAAGUUCAUCUGCCAGAAGAAAGUGGUGAAGGUAGCCGAAACAACAAAGAAAUGUAAACAUAGCAUUUUUUAAGCUUUCUAUGCGUUUAAUUGUGAAUGCUUAUUAAAUAUUAUCGAUUAAAUAAAAAGGUGACGGAGUAAAUCAUAUUAACAA